AAAUGAAACUACAAAUAACUACAAAAUGACUUAUCGAUUAUUUAGCGAAUAAUAAUGAGCGUCACUAACCAACAACUUUAUAGGUCCUCUUUGCACUGAAUACAACCAUCUCGACAUGAUUAUUGCAAUACACUACAAUGAACGCUGGAUGUCACUCUAUACUGCAGGUUACACCUCGUCAGCGAAAAGGGGGAUUUUCUUGCUUUUUUUCCUUGACAGGCGAAUGACAACACCACCACGGCCCUCUUCCUUCAUCGCAGCUGGUUACAAACGCUCUAGAAAAGUGGUUUGUAGCUAGAGAAUACUUCAUUUAUGUGCCACUGGGAGCGACAGGAGGAUGGCAGAUGACAAGGACGUGCUGCGGGAUGUUUGGUUUGGUCGGAUUCCGACCUGCUUCACACUUUACCAGGAUGAGAUCACAGAGAGAGAGGCCGAACCCUUCUAUCUCCUCCUGCCAAGGGUGAGCUACCUGACUCUGGUCACAGACAAGGUGAAAAAGCACUUCCUGAAGGUCAUGAAGGCCGAAGACGUAGAGGAGAUGUGGUUUGAUUUCGAAGGAACGCCACUCAAAUGGCACUAUCCAAUCGGAUUGCUGUUCGACCUACAUGCCUCCAACACUGCCCUGCCAUGGAGUAUCACUGUGCACUUUAAGAAUUUCCCAGAGCGUGACCUGCUCCACUGCCCCUCUAACUCUGUGAUCGAGGCCCACUUCAUGUCCAGCAUCAAGGAGGCGGAUGCCCUCAAACACAAGAGCCAGGUCAUCAACGACAUGCAGAAGAAAGACCACAAGCAGCUGUGGAUGGGUCUGCAGAACGAUAAGUUUGACCAGUUCUGGGCCAUGAACCGUAAGCUGAUGGAAUACCCCACAGAGGAGGGAGGCUUUCGCUACAUCCCCUUCAGGAUAUACCUGACGAUGAGUGACAGGCCAUUCAUCCAGAAGUUGUUUCGCCCCAUCUCGUCCGACGGCUACACACACACGCUGGGGGAUCUGCUGAAGGAGGUGUACCCCAUGGCCAUAUCCAGCGACGACGAGUCCAAGCGCUACCAGGUGGUGAUCCAUGGGAUUGAGCCCCUGCUGGAGACCCCUUUGCAGUGGCUGAGCGAGCACCUCAGUCACCCUGAUAACUUCCUCCACAUCAGCGUCAUACCCGCGCCUAGCGACUGACACCCCUGGCAAAUUUUGUAACACCCGGCAACUAGGAAUGUUGCAAACUCCGAACGGACUCUUUAGAGAGCAGGAAAACCCACGUGACUGGGGGGGGACGAAGAGUGACGCAAUCGCAGUGUGACGUCAUCUCAUUCAACUUGUCUCAAAAAGGAGCCCACCAGGAGAAAAUGUACCCUUCUGUUCUCCAUCUCUUUUCCUCUCCUCCUUCGCCCUCUGUCUCUUUUGGACCAUUAUGUGUUUGGGGAAAGUUGUUCCGCCCAAAAUGUGGAAGGCUAAGCAGAAAGAGGGCUGAUCCGUUUAAAAAGAGAGGCAGCAAGAUGCCGCUUACCACCUCCUCUCUCCUCUUCCUCCUCCUAGAGAAAGAGACAGAGCCCCAACAUGCCUAGUGGGACCCCCUACAAACAGAAGUUGCCUUAGUUUUCCCGAGUCACAUCAUGCGCUACACGGCUGGACGUUCAUAAAGUCACACUGAGUUUACAUGGUUGUACUGUAUGCCACUGAGGAGUGAAAGGGGAUUUUUAAAGACACUUCUUCAUUCUUUCUCUCACUGUAUUUUUAUAUUCUCCAUCUUCCUCACUGUAUUUCCUGUCUCUUUCUUCUCUCUCUUCCUCCCUCCCCCUCUUUCUCUCUCGUGUCAUUUACUGCCGAUGCUCUCUCAUCUCCGUAGCUAAUUUAUCUAUUGGAAUUCCUUCUGCUACUAAUGAGACCGCUAAACUUCUCUCCAUGCCAAGCCUUGGGGUUGUGUGUGUGUAAUGUAAUUAGAGACAUAAUUUAAAGUCUCCUAGAGGGGGUGAGGAAGGUGUGAAGAGUACGAAUGGAAUCAUGUCUGUCUUCUCUCUUCCGUGUCAAAGGGAAACGGAGCCAGACAUGUCAUUUGGAGUGUGUUGCAGUCGAAGGGGAGGGAAACUUUUGAUGUCACACCUGUCUUAGCACGUCGGGCUUCCUCAUUCGCCGCCUAGGAUGAUGGGAGAGGGGAGUUUACAGCUCAGUCAGGGCUGGGCUCGACGUGGGGUACUGUCUGAGGGGUAGGCAUGUGCAUACGUGUGUGUAUGUACAUGUCUGUAUGGGUACUUUUUACACAUUUUGUUGUUACAAAGUGGGAUUAAAAUGCAUUUCAUUGUCAUUUUUGGUCAAUUAUCGACACAAAACACUCUGUAAUGUCAAAGUGGAAGACAAAUUGUAACAUUUAUUAACAAAAUGCAAAAAAAUUAAACUACUAUAUCUUGAUAAGUAUUCUCCCCCCUGAGACUACAUGUUAGAAAUGCCUUUGGCAGUGAUUACAGCUGUGAGUAUUUUUGGCUAAGUAUAUAAGAGCUUUACACACCUGGAUUGUACACUAUUUGCCCAUUAUUCUUUAAAAAAGUAUUCAAGAUCUGUCAAGUUGGUUGUUGAUCAUUGCUAGAUAGCCAUUUUUAUGCCUUGCCAUACAUUUUCAAGCAGAUUUAUGUCAAAACUGUAACUAGGCCACUCCAGUGUAGAUUUGGCUUUGUGUUUUAGGUUCUUGUUCUGCUGAAAGGUGAGUUUGUCUCCCAGUGUCUGUUGGAAAGAACAUUGAAUCAGAUUUAGCCUGUGCUUAGCCUUAUUCUGUUUCUUUUUAUCCUAAAAAAAACUCCCUAGUCCUUGCUGAUGACAAGCAAACCCAUAACAUGAUGCAGCCACCACGAUGCUUGAAAAUAUGGAGAUUGGUACACAGUAAUGUGUUGUAUUGGAUUUGCCCCAAACAUAACGCUUUGUAUUCAGGACAAAAAGUAAAUUUCUUUGCCACAUUUUUUUGCAGUAUUAUUUAAGUGCCUUGUUGCAAACAGGAUGCGUGUUUUAGAAUAUUUUUAAUCUGUACAUGCUUCUUUGCACUCUGUCAUUUAGGUUAGUAUUGUGGAGUAACUACAAUGUUGUUGAUCCAUCCUCAGUUUUCUCAUAUCACAACCAUUAAACUCUGUAACUGUUUUUAAAUCACCAUUGGCCUCAUGGUGAAAUCCCUGAACAGUUUCCUUCCUCUCCGGCAAUUGAGUUAGGAAGGACACCUGUAUCUUUGUAGUGAUUGGGUGUAUUGAUACACCCUCCAAAGCCUAAUUAAUAACUUCACCAUUCUCAAAGGGAUAUUCAGCGUCUACUGUACCAAUCAGUGCCCUUCUUUGCGCGGCAUUGAAAAACCUCCCUGUCUUUGUGGUUGAAUCUCUGCUUAAAAUGUCCUACUCGAUUGAGGGACAUUAGCUAAAUGUAUGUGGGGUACAGAGAUGGGGGUAGUCAUUCAAAAAUCAUGUUAACCAUUAUUAUUGAACACAGAAUGAGUCCAAUUUAUGUGACUUGUUAAGCACAUUUUAACUCCUGAACUUAUUUAGGCUUGCCAUAACAAAGGGGUUGAAUAAUUAUUGACUCAAAACAUUUCAGAUUUUUUUUUAAAUAUACUUUUUUGUAAUUCCACUUUAACAUUAUGGGUUAUUGUGUGUGACACAAUCUCAAUUUAAUAGCUAAAUGUGGAAAAAGUAAAGUGAUGUGAAUACUUUCUGAAGGCACUGUGUGUGUGCGUGUGUGUGUGUGUGACUGCACACAGCGGACACAGACUUUUGACUCAGUCACAAAGACACAUGCUGAUGAUGAAAAGCAGAGCUAGACUCUCAUCUUGCUGACAUAUUUGUCUUGUUGGGAUUUCCCAGUCAACCUAUUGGAUUGAGUUGCUCAAUACUGACAGCUCUGGCUGUAUCUCAAUUGCAGAGAUUUUAAAUAUCUCUAUUGCAUGUGUAUACUGCCAUUCCUCCUCCAAGCCCUUGGCAGCAUGUCUCGCAACUCACCCAAAGGGAUCCUCGGCAAUCAUUUAUUUUUCAUUACGAUGGGGAAGUACAGGUAACUGCCACAAUAAAGCAAACCCCAACAUAAAGUGUCUUAAUAGGGUGUUGGGCCACCAGAACAGCUUCAGUGCACUUUUACAUAGAUUCUACAAGUGUCUGGAACUUUAUUGGAGGGAUGCGACACCAUUCUACCAUGUGAAAUUCCAUCAUUUGGUGUUUUGUUGGUGGUGGAAAACGCCGUCUCAGGCACCACUACAGAAUCUCCCAUAAGUGUUCUUUAAACCCCCUAUGCUUUUUUCAGACCCUCUUUCAGUCUCUAAGAUUUGAUUCAUUUAGCAGACGCUCUUUUUCAGAUCUCUUCUAGCCUUGGUAGCCAAAAUAAUGGGUACAUGGGUACAUGACCCUGAGAAUGAUGGGAUGUUAAUUUCUUAAUUAACUCAGGAACCACACCUGUGUGGAAGCGCCUGCUUUCAAUAUACUUUGUAUCCCUCAUUUACUCAAGUGUUUCCUUUAUUUUGGGAGUUACCUAUAUAUGGGACACAAUGUCUGACCCCUGUUCUCCAAUUGUCCCUCUGUUCCCCAGGUCAUCACUUAGUUCAUCCUGUUGUGGUUGUUGUCGUGUUUUAAUUCAUGGCCAUCGUCAUUAAGGCUGAGGUGGCAACGAAAGGUCACUAAGCAGGUCACUGGGCAUGCUCUGUACUUAGGCAGUGUGAUGAUUGAUGUUUGUGUUUUUUUUGCUUUCACCAUCAACAACAACCCCAAAUGCUCCCCCAAUGUGUUCCAACAAUAGCCAAUAGCCACUGUCCUAGUCAUUGGCACUAGAUUCCGCGAAACCGAGCUCUCUCUCACACACACACACACACACACACAUUUGUUUGUGUUUAACAUGUUACAAGGGGCUGAGAGCAGUCAGAGGGUAUCAGACACAUGAGAGUGAUUUGUAAUUUAGAGGAAUCCAUGACUGUAUUCCCUCCAUGCUGCAUCCCCGUGGGAUAGAGAGCAAGAUUAGGGAGAGAGGAUGAGUGCGUAGCUGAGGUGGCCAACGGGCCUUUUCUCGGCACAAGCUCACUAAGGGGGAUUUUCUGCUCUAUAUUUCUACAUUUGGACUCUGAGCUUAUUUACAAAUACUGUAGUUUUUCUUCCACCACACAAACACACACACACUAGUCAAUAUGCAAACAAGGGUUCUGAGGUACUUUUCUGUCCCUCUGCUGUUUGUCUUUUAUCCCUUCCUCUACUUUCUCUUGGUGACAGCGAUCAUACUUACAGCACAGGUACAAACAGAACCAUCCAGUCAGUGGAAGCGUUACUAAUGAAAUAUUUCUUGAUUAACGGGCGCUAUCUUCAACUAUCAGAUCUUACCUGGAUUCAGCGGUUUUCUCACUUUUAACUCUGCAACAAACAACAAAAAUCUGCAUUAUUUUUCUGUUUUUUUAUUUGUUUUCUCUCCAAAUACACUAUUUUGCAGUGGCUUUUCUUUUGUUUGCUACUUACUGCAAUGAUUACAAUAAAAUGCUGUAAAAAUGUUUUUGUGUAGAAUUAAAAAUGAAAUUGUUUUAUACUGUAGUUCUGGGCUAUGCCUGUCUUUUUGUUCCUGUUCUGGUUUGAGUUAUCAUGAUUGGGGUUGUUAUGCAUCUUAUUUCUACAUCAAAUGUUUUUAUUUCUAUAUGAAAACCUAAUCUCCCAGAGUUUGUCUUUGUCAUUUAUUGGUGUUUAUUUGAGGUUCAGGGGGUUGUAAAGGGUGUACAAAAUGUAUCUGUGAAUCGUAGACUUAGUUUUAUUUUCAAUCCUUUAAAAAAAUAGCUUCAGCCCGUUUCUGAAUCACUAUUGUCUACCCUUAUUAUUCCAUGUUUAUCUCACGAUCUAAUCUCUUUUCAAGAGGGAUGUGGUCUCUCUCUGGAAUAAGGAAAUGGCCAUCCCGUCCCAGUCUCCACUUGUUGUAAACUAGUCACCAAACACAUCUAAGAGAUUACUCUCGUCAUUGUUUCUUUCUCUUUCAAUUCUUGGCACUACAAACACAGAGCGCCUUCCCUCUCUGUCCAUCUCUCUCUUUUCCUCCUGCUUCAAAGGAUGGAGAGAAUUAUGUCUGUUUUAACGAGGAAACAGCCUUUGAAGUUUGUAAUUAUUAAAAGGACAGAGUUCAGCUCUCUGGAUGUUAGCAACCCUAGCUCUUUCAUUUGCUUUUAGUCACUCCCUCUCUCAUUCCCUUUGUCUUUUCUCUCUGUCACACACUUUUCUGCUUGUGUAUACCUUUUAAUGACAAGUAUUGAGUUGAUGAAAGUCAAUCUGAAAUUGUAUUGUUAGUUCAAAAGGAAAAAAAUAAACUACUGUCUAGCCAAAGA